AUGCCAUUCAACAACACCGCAACAGAGUGAUGAACCGAAACACAAUCUCUCAGCUCUAUGCUUGCCAAAGCGAAGAUCAGAUCCGUCAAGUUCUAGGACUACUCAUCGGGGACCUUGAAAGAAAUUUUGGGCAUACCCCGAUAACGACUGACAAUUUGCCUCCCAGACCCGUGUCCGCUAUGUCUCCGCAGCCAGCAAUCAGCACCCAGCGUCCGCAAUAUCAGCUUCUGCCAGUUUCUCAGCCGAAUUUCAUCUAUAGUCAUGGGCGUCGCUCACAAUUCCAUACCCCAGCUGUUUCAAGCUCCGAUGCAAAUUCCAGCCGUUUCUUACAGAGCCAUGAUCAGUCUGACACGUUCACAGAAGGCACAGCAUUCUCGGACCAAAGGUCAACAGGGUUUGACUCCUUUGUGUCGCACCCGGGUAUAAAUAUCAGCAGCACUGUGCCACAGUUUCAACCACAAACGACUUUACCAGUGGCUCAACAACCGACGAGCAACAUAAGCGACCACCCCGGAUCGAGUUUUGCGGUAGGGAACCAAGGAAUGACACCGGAUGAUCCUUGGAUUAACUUCUCGCACGACUCCCAACAUGAGCCGCAGCCUGUGAGGGGGGAUCUGGUACAAGGCGAUCUCCAGCCAGGGGAUUAUGAUGAGAACGAAAUCCUGAGCAUGGCGCAUUUUUAGGCUAGUGAAUGUGAUAACAGCUUAGCAUCGCAGGCUUGGAUUGAACGUGUUGAAUCCCGGCCAGUUUAUGGGAACGAAAGACAAGCUGCAGGUUUACCAAGAUGACAAAAACCAAAGUGGUGGGGAAGGUCAAAAGGUUGACAAGAGCUUGGCUGAGUUCGGAUGUUUGAGCAGGGAGGUUUUGGAUUAUGAGAAGGCCAACUGUUACCAUUCCUUUAGGUGUCGUCCUAUGCCGUAAAUUUAUUUAUCCUCUCUC